GGCAACACGGCAUACACCUGGUGGAUGUGUCACCCAAGAAUGCUACACCCGCUCGGUGAGCGGGGGUACGUGCGUGACUCCAUGUGACAAAACAAACUGUUCGUCGCUCGGGUCGCGGUCGCCACACAGCGAGAGCCAGGGUGCCCUGGGCCUCCCAAACGAUGUAUAAAUGGACCUACCGUUGCACACACAACACAAAGCACAGCACGAAAAGCACAAGCGAACCUGAUUCUUCUUCUUCCAGAUCAACCAGUCCAAGAAAAAGAGCCCGCCGUGGUUUUCUAGCUAAUAAUUCAACUUCCUGAGCUAGACAUGGAGGCGGUGGAGUUGUCGGCGGUGGUGAGCUGCGAGUGCUGCGGCCUGGGGGAGGAGUGCACCGGCGAGUACAUAGUCCGCGUGAGGGCCUACUUCGGGGGCCGGUGGCUGUGCGGGCUGUGCUCCGAGUCCGUCAAGUACGAGGCCGGCCGCAGCAAGCGCGCGGCGGCGAUGGGCGUGGAGGAGGCCGUGCGGGCGCACAUGGCCUUCUGCCGCAUGCUCAGGCGCGGCGGACCCGCGGAGCGCGUCGCCGAGGGCAUGUGCCAGAUGCUUAGGCGGCGCACCGCGUGCGGAAAGUGCCAGGUGGCCAUGCCAUCGUCCUCAUCGCGGACGACGCCGGCGCCGGUGGCGCCGCUGUCGAUCGGUUUCUGAAUCUCUCAUCGAGCCUUUGUCCAAGAGGACGCACGCACGGGCCGGCGGCGACCGCCCGCCUGCGUUGAUGUCUGGCUCUUUAUUUUCAUAAGUGAAUGCUUCGGCGUACGUCUUCCUCCUCGCCUCAGAGCGCAAGCUAGCUACCUAUAUAGUACUCCGGAAACUACGCACAAGUGUUGGAGUUCAUUUCUA